AUGAUGUAUGACAUCGCACGUACAAGCAACUCUCAUAGCCUUUCGCAUAUUGAGAGCGGUUCAUCUUGCUCCGGUACGCUUUACGGCAUUCUAUAUUCAUUCAUGGGUUACCGGUUCAUGUACGGAGCAAGCUCACCUUUGGCCGACCUGAAUAAUGCAGCGCCAGUCAAACAAGAACCAAUAUACUCCAAGGAAUCCCAACUCAGUAACUCAGCCAUCGGCUCCGAGAGGACAGUGCAUGUAAUUGACUCUGUCGGACAUGGCCGCAUCGACGGAACAUUCUGGCUAUUCCUGAGAAUUGAGAGCGAUGACGCAUUGGCCUUGACGCCCCACGGAGAAAACGUAACACAUGGGAAGCAGUGGCCCCGCAUCCCGUCGCGAUUGCGCCGGGUAGCUUGCGAAACGUGCGGGACUUGCCACGGUAUGUGGUAUGACACCUGUACGAGAGAGCCUGAUGCCUCCUCAACAGCAAGAGUACAUCCCAGCAAUUCGAAUCAAACAUCUACUGCACUCCUGAAGAAACAUGGCAGCUACCUGCGUGAUGCGCCUCAACAACCAGCUCUCGGAAAACAUCUUCGCGCAGACUUGCAGAAGACUGGCCAGGCGGCCUUGCUUAGUUGGGAAGCGUCAUCGGUCGGCCCCGCGAAUGAGCUCCUAUGGACCGUCAAAUGCAAAUUGAGGGGAGAAAUCAAGGGUGAAGCAAGCAGCAGGUCUAAACAUGAGGCAAAGGAAAUGGCAGCUCGGAGGGCGCUAGAAUCCCUGGGGGCUGCUCUGCCUUAGAGUAGACACAUGGCCGUGGUUACAGUAUUACCAUCUAGAUUAUCAUACAUAACACACAAUAG